CAGUCGGGACGAUAGUAGUGGAGGAGCAACAUCACAGCUCACCCAGUCAGUCAGUGGCUGAGUGAAUGAGUGUGCAGUUUCCUUCAAAGUAAACAAACGGGAAAUGAACAUCUCACGAGGACUCAGUGACGAAAGAGACGUUACAAUGAAUUCCGCCUCUGACGUCCCGGGAUUCUACAAGGGACGUUGUGUCUUCGUCACGGGAGGUACCGGGUUCAUGGGAAAGGUUCUGCUGGAGAAGCUGCUGCGAUCCUGUCCGGACAUCGCUACCAUUUACCUGCUGAUGAGACCCAAGCGGGGCAACGACGUCCGGAUCCGACAAGAAGAACUCAUCCGGAGCCAGAUAUUCGACAGACUUCGUAACGAACGUCCUGGGUUCGCAUCACAGCUGGUUGUAAUGAAAGGUGAUGUCACGUUAGAGAACCUGGGACUGUCCCGUGAGGACAGGUCCCUGAUCAAGAAGAAAGUUUCUGUGAUCUUCCACUGCGCAGCUAACGUUCGGUUUGACCAGAAGCUGAAGUAUGCCGUUAGAUACAACACACUGGGUACGCAGAGAGUUCUGGAGCUCGCGGAGGACAUAGACAGUCUGGAUGCCUUCGUACAUGUUUCCACUGCCUACUGUCACUGUGACGAGGCUGUGCUGGGGGAAGUGACGUACGCAUCCCCCACCGACCCGCGCAACAUCCUGCAGUUGGUCGAGUGGAUGGACGACGAAGCCCUAGACUCAGUAACACCAAAACUUAUGGGUAACCUGCCCAAUACGUACGCUUACUCCAAGAACCUGACUGAGCAGCUGGUGACCAACUACAGUUCCAAGUUCCCCAUUGCCAUCGCCAGACCGUCAAUAGUGACGGGUACGUGGAAGGCUCCAGUUUCCGGGUGGGUAGAAAACUUGAACGGACCGACCGGGCUCCUUGUGGGAGCGGGUAAGGGGGUCAUCCGUUCGAUGCACUGCCGGGCCGAGUACAACGCAGACAUAAUGCCGUGUGACAUAGCCAUCAACGCCAUCAUCAUUCUCGCUUGGAAGGUAGCGAAUCUCAGACUAAACAAACCGCUAGUCUGCAAUAUCACGGAGUCUGGAGACAACCCCCUGACCUGGAGACACAUUCUGGACACUGGGAGGAAGCACCUGUAUGAGAACCCGCUGAGCGAUGCCAUCUGGUUUCCUGAUGGAAGCAUCAAGAGUUCGUGGAUCAUGCACACCCUCUGCGUGAUUUUCUUUCACUUUCUCCCUGCUUAUUUAAUCGAUAUCCUCGUCACCCUCUGUGGAAAGAAGCCCUUCAUGGUGAAGAUCCAGCGGCGUAUUCAAGGAGGUCUCGAAGUGCUGCAGUACUACACGACCAAGGUGUGGGUCUUUAAGAACGAUAACUUCAGGGCUUUGCCUCAAACCUUGACGGAAAAAGAUAGAGAAACAUUUUACACGGAUAUUAAGAUGGUGGACUGGGAUGACUACAUCAAGAACUUUGUACUGGGUACCAGGCAUUACUACCUGAAGGAGGACCCGGCUACACUGCCCAAAGCGAGGAGACACAUCAGGAGAUUGUACUGGGUGGAUCGAACUGUUAGUGUCCUUUUCUAUUUGCUGAUCAUAUGGAUGUUGCUACAAUGGUCUGAUGAGAUCAUUGCAUGGGGCCAUCUUACGUUACGUUCCAUGCCUCAGAUGUUCAGCAUGGUACCUAUCCUCCGCGCCCUGCCAGAGGCGAUGGGUACCGAUCCUGGGACAAUAUACUGAACGGAGCCAAGCCUUGUGUCACUGUGGUAGAGUUACAUAAAACGAAGAAAAACGCAACGGCAAGACGUCGUCUGCAUUAGACCAUAGAAUAGGCACCUAUAGUACGCAUAGUUCGUUACAAUACAAUUAACUUGUCACACUCAGUUCUGCAUUCAUUAAUGCUGACUUCUACUGCGUACUGAGCGGACACAUAAACAAUGGGUUUGAGUAAGCAAUGGACAAUUCCAUUUCAGUGCCUUGCAAGCCAUAGAGUUACUGGUGCAUUGGAUUGGACAUUCCCAUGGCAGUGACUAUGAAGAGCACGGUCUUUGGGUUAUAACGCUGUGUAGUUCGGAGAUAUCCCGAGGUUUCAGAGGAAUAUGUACCUCUAUCUUUGCAGCCGAAAGCAAUCAGCCAAGAAUACAACAGAAGGAGAUGGAAAGCUGUGGUCAAUUUGCUGCUUGCUACGUUGGUUUCUUGCUUGCCUUAAUCUUCAAUCCUAAAAAUGGAUGUAUUCUUCCGAAAUGUCUGACUCUACGAAAUAUACUUAAUUGCAAACAUACAGAACAGCACUAGCCUUAUAUUCUACUACUAUGAGGCAAUUCAAAUGAAAUUUCGUUUAUCAUUUCAAUUGCAUAGUACAGAGCAGGAUACCUAGGCCGGAAAACUGCAAUAUAUUUUUCUCUUACGUGUGAUAGAUAUAUUUUUAUGAAUAAAUAAUACUAUAGAUGUGGCAAGUGUUCCAGCGUAAACGUAAUAUUUGUCAUACUUCGUGACAUACGAGGUUAUGAUCAGAUUUACGUCCUCAUAAUGCUGAAAUUGUUUCGUGUACAAGAAGCAAAAGGAAAUAGUUACAAUAUAUUCGUGCAGAAGGCACCAUCUGACCACAAGUAGAGAAGCGCAUAUCAAUGAAAAAAUUUACAUUUAAUCCCACAAUUUUCUCUGCUCAGAAAUUGCCAAUAUAUCUAAAAGUUUGAAAUAAGAACAUUGCUCAUAAUUUCAUGUCGUUAUAAACAACUAAAAUAAUCUGAGAUGCUAAACGAUUGUUGGCAUUUGUUAGAUGCUUAGUUGUUUCGAUUGUUCUGAUUAUAAUUCAGAAAUGACUCAUACUUCAGUAACAAGUAAUAGCAGCUCAGUAAUUUACAGUAUGCUCUAGAAAUUAUGCAAUGGUAUUUUUCUCAAUUCAAACAACUGCUGCUGUAGGUAAGCAAAUAUUAUAAAUAUUUCAUUGAAAGAAUAUCGUAAAUUUUUAUUCUAAGUAAUCGAUAAAUAAAAAGGUAUAUACAACUCAGAUUAAAUUAAUGGUCGUCAAUGAACAAAAGAAUUCGAUCCACUGUUCAAUGUUCAAUAAGAUUUUGUUACAUUUUAAUUGCACAUUUCACAGUAUACUUCUUCAUGAACACAAACUCUACUUGACUGGGGGGGGGGGCAUUUGCCCCACUCAGAUGUUUGGAAUAUGAAGAAAGAUAUCUCAUAUGUCACUCUAAGUCAUAAAUUGUUGUUUAGAGUAGUUACUUUUCAGAACAUUCCCCUCCACCAAAUGAAAUAGUGCGUAACGAGGACCAUAAACGAAUGCCAUAUUUUGAACAGUAAGAAGAAGAAUUAACCUACACGUAAAUAUAUUGGUUGGAUUAUUCACUCUCUACCUCCUUUUGUUUGAGGCUCCUUAUGUGAAUACAAAUAUCUGAGAUAUUAAACACAUAAAAAGGACUUCAAAUGUGAUUUCGGAACUUAUAAUUACUAAUGAAUUAAUUACUAAUUAAGUCAAGAAAACAAUAUUAUAAAUUCAGAAAGUGUGGUGUUUAUUAUAUGCCAGUAAUUUUAUAAGGCGAUAAAUUCAAGAUAAUAACAUAUUUUUGUAAUUCUUGACAAUUUUAAAAUGAUUAAAAUUCGAAGUAUUUUAUUAA